GGGGCGCGAGGCCCGAGGGGCGGCCCAGAGCUCGGGGUGGGACGCAGGUGUGACAGGAACCAGCUUUAGCUGCUUGUCGGCGAGCCUCCAACCUGGUGGCUGCGGCAUGGGGCGGCCGUAGCCAGGGUCCCCGACGCGGGUUCUUCCUCCGCAAGAGUCGUUCCCUGCCCGCCGCGCGCCGCCUCCGGGAGCAGCCGGGCCGCUGCUCACCCGCCCUGUAGUCCGCUCCCCGCGGGCCGUCCCCGUUUUAAGAAAUGGGUUGAUGGGGCGUCCCGGGGAGCUCCUGGGGAGCGCGCCGGCGGCUCGCUGCUCCCGGGUGGGGCGCGGGGGCCCAGGCGGGGUGCAGCGAGUGUGUUCCCCGUUCCGCGCGCGUGAAGCGUGGGAGCGAAACCUCGGGGGAGGGCGGGAGCGCAGCGGAGCUCACCGUGAACACCCGGCUGGGUGGUCCCGCGAGCAGGGGAGGGACCGGAGCCGCUGUGGAUUCGGAAAGAUCGCAGUCAUUGCUGUGAGCGGAAGGACGGAGUGGCGGCCGGCCUGGGAGGAGUUACGGGGGCAGGAUGUACACGCUGCUGUCGGGCUUGUACAAGUACAUGUUUCAGAAGGACGAGUACUGCAUCCUGAUCCUGGGCCUGGACAAUGCUGGGAAGACGACCUUCCUGGAGCAGUCAAAAACCCGGUUUAACAAGAACUACAAGGGAAUGAGUCUAUCCAAAAUCACCACCACCGUGGGUCUAAACAUUGGCACUGUGGAUGUGGGAAAGGCUCGGCUCAUGUUCUGGGACUUAGGAGGGCAGGAAGAGCUGCAGUCUUUGUGGGACAAGUAUUAUGCGGAGUGUCACGGCGUCAUCUACGUCAUUGACUCCACCGAUGAGGAGAGGCUGGCCGAGUCCAAGCAGGCAUUCGAGAAGGUGGUGACCAGCGAGGCGCUGUGCGGUGUCCCCAUCUUGGUGCUGGCCAACAAGCAGGAUGUGGAGACGUGCCUCUCAAUCCCUGACAUCAAGACGGCCUUCAGUGACUGCACCAGCAAGAUCGGCAGGCGGGAUUGCCUGACCCAGGCCUGCUCGGCCCUCACGGGCAAAGGGGUGCGCGAGGGCAUCGAGUGGAUGGUGAAGUGUGUCGUGCGGAACGUGCACCGGCCGCCGCGGCAGAGGGACAUCACGUAGGCGUGGCCGCGCUGCCGUCAGGACGGCUGGUCCCCUGGUGCUGGAGGAGUGGCCUGUUGGCUCACAUGCUGCUGAUCUGGGGGGUGGGUUUGCUUUGCUUUGGGGUGCUUCCAUUUCCUUUGUUUUCUCGAAGACAAACUUUCCUCUACGUCUGGAAAAGUGUAGGCAUCCGGAGGUUUUGGAGGGGAGUCUGGCCGCCCGGCUGGCGCCCUCUGGCGGCAGCCUUUCCAUGGGGCACGGUGGUGGCCUUUCUGGGCCCUGUCUGGGGGGGUCUGAGGGAGACUUGGUUGGGAAUUGGGGCUCCAGUGCUCAGGCUGGCUUGGACUGCCUGGGGACAACCCUGUGGGGCCUUUGGGAGAUUCCGUGGCUGCAUGUCCACCCCAUCAAGGAGGAGGCCAGUCCGCCAUGGCUGCCCUCUGGCUUGUGCCCUGUGACCCUGGAGGUGGUCUGGGGCUGAUCUUGCCUUGAGGAAGACCCAGGCCAUGUCCCCAAAGGCCAGCGGGGGCCCUGGAUUCUGAUGCAGCCACGGGACAGAGCCGAGGAGGCCUGGGAGGGAAGACAUACACUCCACACCUGGGCCUGGCUUUGCCUCAUCCUAAUCCCCUGGGAGGGAGCUGACCGAUGCAAAAAAGCCGAGGGGGCCUCUGCUGGGAGUGGCUGUUUUUGUGCCCCAGCCCUGCAAGUUGGGGAGUGUUUGUGGGGGUCCAGAGCCCUCUCCCAGCCAGGAGAGAACCUCCUGGAGGAGUUCUCUGGGGGACCCUGUGUCAGUGCUGUGCUGGGCCUGAGUCCCCUGCUUGGGAGUGAGGCUGAUCCUGGGGCCCUCCCUGCACACCCCCCACUGGGCCUGCCGAGGGCUCUGUUCUUCCUCAGUCUGGCUGUGGGCAGGAGCCGCCUGCCCAGUGCUGCCUAGGGUGAGUGCAAAAUAAAGACGGCAAGUGUGGCUCUGUCCAUCCCUUCCCUCCUGGAGGGCCGAGGCUUGGCUCCUGGCUGUUGGAUACGG